CCGGAAAAAGUAGUGCGCGUGGUUCCCUUAUUACGGUUGGCUGCGGCUUUUCCCGUAGAGUUUUGACUCGAUUGUCUUCAUCGCCCCGGACUAAGUUGGCCCUGUUUUAACCUGCCUGUGUAAGACACUAUGGUAUUAUAAAUUACGCUUCGGUGCGCUUUAGCUAACAAGAAUUGAACCGGUGCCUUUGGUAAUGUGGCCUGAGUUUUUCUGUUCUGGGAGAUCCCGAUGUCUGCCAAAUAAUUGGCAAGCAAGCUAACAAGGUACCACUAAUGAAGGAACUUCAGAAAUAUGCUUCUGUCAAGCAUUUUAACAAAUGAAGAAAAAGAAGUUCUCAUUUCAAAUUGGCUUUUUGGUUGAUUUUCUUCUGAGGAUGAUAAACACUUUUGUUUUAAUGAGAUAAAUAUAUUAGUGACAUCAAUAAUUUAUUAUUCUAGCUUUUUUGACAACCUGUCAAUUUCCUUAUUUUUCAUAUAUUUAUUACAUUCUGGUUCUUUUUUUUUUUUUUUUUAAAGUUCAGUUUUAAUUAUUCAGUAUUAUGGGUUUUUUCCUCCCAAAAAGAAAUUGGGUUUUGCAAACAUUAACAUUCCUUCCUGUGUCAGCAAAGCAAAACUUCCCAGCUAUGUGUAGGUGUUUUACUUCUAUUACAUCAUGUAGAUGGGCAGAGUCGACAGAUCCUAAAGCCUUUCAUCCAGAAAUUAAAAGAAAAGAUGACAAUAUCAGGAAGAAAAAAGCUGGUAAAGAUAGAUUUCCCCCAAAGCCUUUCAUUGCAUUUGUGGCUGGAUCAUCCAAGAUGAGGGCAAUGGACAAUACAAAUAAUUCAGUUGCAAAUGAUUCUUUUAGUCCUUUAAAGAUAGUCCCUCCUCCGGACACACCUUUGAGUGCCAAGGAAUGGGAGAAGUUAAAAGAAGAAUAUCAUCACUUUAAAAAAUUUGAAGACGUUAUGUUUGACAGCAUGAUAAAUCAUCAUAGCCCAGUAGAUGUGGCUAAAUCCUUGCUGGUUGCAGUGGCUAAACGUGAUGGAGAUGUUGAAUAUAGUUAUUUGGUGAAGUACUUGGCUAUAUGUGUUUUUCAUAAGGACAUAGGGGAGAUUUAUGACAUCUAUAAUAUUAUGAAAGCCAAAUAUAAAUCUUUAGAAGCAUCAGCUUAUUCUUUGCUCAUCAAAGGCUUGAGUGAUUCCCCACACUGGAAAGAGACUUUGGUACUACUGGAAAAGGUUAAAAAAGUCUCGUUCCAUUCAAGACAAAAUUAUGGCGACUGCAUUGAGGGUGCCCUACUCAACCAAGAAAGAAACCUUGCAUUUGAAUUGUUUCAUGAGUUGGUAGCUGAAAAGAUGACUCCUGCUUUGACAACAAUAAAGCUUUUCUUUGACUUUUGCCAAUCUGUGAAGGAUGACCAUGUGAAAAACAAAUGUAUUGAUAUCCUCUACUACUUAAGAGAGAAUCAAAUUUAUCCUGAUGAAUCUCUCAUGCUGAGCAUAAAGCAGUGGUUUGAAAGUAUUCCAGGGGAGAACUGGAAAGGAAAUUUGACAACGAUGAGUAAGAGCAGGCAGUGUUGCUCUUGUGGUCACCUUUUGGAAGAUAUUAAUCUGAAUGAAGAAGAAUUCAUCAAUGUCAAGGAAAAAAUAAAAAGGGAUGUGAUUGAAGGCACUGAUAUAUUUCGAAAUACAUCUCCCCAGGAAUUAGAACGUUUUCAAACGUUUGUGAACAAACAUCCCCCUUUUGAUGUUGUGAUCGAUGGCCUCAAUGUUGCCAAGACAACACUUCUAAGUCCUUCAUCUAAAAAUUUGCUGGAUGUGGUCGACUACCUAGCACAGAAGUAUCAUCGAUUGCUUGUCCUCGGGCGUAGACACAUGCUGAAACAUUCAUUUCAGUGGAAAAAAAGAGACAUGGAUGAGAUGCAGAAGAAAGCAGAUUUCUUCUUUACUGAUAAUGCGUCUAAAGAUGAUCCAUUUCUGCUCUAUGCCGCUUUUCACUCAGGUGGUCACUGUAUGAUGGUAACUAGAGAUCUAUUACGGGAUCACAAAGCUGUUCUUUCCGACAGUGUUACUCGACGCUUGUUUUUUAAAUGGCAACGUGGACAUCAGAUGGUAGUGUCAAGCUAUCUACCAGGAAAGAUAUUAACAUUUGAGGAUGCUUUGCCAUAUGACACGAUUGUGCAGACUGAUGGUAAUACAUGGCACAUUCCCUAUGAUGACAACUUGUCCAACAGAGUUUCUUAUGAAAUUCCAAUGAAGUGGCUCUGUCUUCAGAAGAAAUAAAAGAUGCUUUUUUUGUUCAAAGUGAAAAUGUAUACAUGGCACCAUAUUUCAAAUAAAUUUCAAGCAAACCAUUUAAAACGUAUUCCUUUUCUAAGACAACAGACCCAGACUUAAAUAAAUCUCUAAGUUACAAACAAUAUUUAAUUCUACAAGUAUUGAAAAUUGUGAUGCAACAGUUCUUUAUGAUUGAUAAAUGUAAUUGUGGUUUAAACAAAUUGCUUUUUGAUGCCUUAUGAGUUGUAUAUUUUUAUUUCUCUGCUUUUCAUCAGUAAAUAUAUAUUUUUCUUAUGUUUCUCCUUUCCAGAUGAGUAUUUGGUACCAUAUAGCUCAUCUUAUGAGAAACAAUUAUCUGUUCACUUUAGAAUUUUACUAUUCAUAUGUUCCAAAAUUCUCACUUUGGUGGGUUUUGAUAAACUUUUCUGACAUAAGUAGAAAAACAGGGAAGAAAGGAAGCACAUUAAAUAUUGAAAAAGUGACUGAGAAACAGCCAGUUCUGUUAUAGAAUUUGCAGAUUACACAGCUUCAAGAAUGGAGAUACCAUGAACAAAAAUUAAGUAGAUAGAAAUUUACUAAAAUGUAACUGCCUCUGGAGUUCCCAUUUGAAAGGACCUAAUUCAAAAUUUGUACACCAGAAACUGGAAUAUCAGUAGGCUUUCCCCUCGCUUCCCAAUUAUGGAACUAUUAUUAUCCUCUUCAAUACUGGAUAUUUUGAUUACAGUAUGUAACAUCCUUGAAAUUCUUUCCAGCUAGUCAGCCUACAUUAGCAAAUAUUAAGUGGAAUAGAUACAGUAAAUGAAUGAGGUACAUAAGAAAUUUCA